AUGAUCGCUCAAACCAUCUUCGCUGCUGCUCUCGUCGCCUCUGUCUCAGCUGGCUGGGAAUCUAAGACCGGCUCAUGUAAUACUGGAAAGCUCGCGUGCUGCGAUACCAACAAGAAGGUCCAAAAGUCAACCGGUGAAGAAUCAGGCCUCCUCCACACCGGUGACGUCCUCGACCAAGUCGCCAUCCAAUGCACUCAAAUCCCUCUCCUCAUCGGAGUAGCAAUUGAGGACGAGUGCAAGAACACCCCAACCUGUUGUGAAGAUGUCAAGGACGAUGGUCUCGUCGGUAUCAACUGCACUCCAAUCCCUCUCAUUUAA